AUGUUCAAAUUCGCCAUUGUCUUGUUCGCCAUCAUUGCAUGCGCCGCCGCUAAACCUGGUUUGGUUACCCCAUUGGCUUACACUGCUCCCGCUGCUGUUGUUGCUGCCGCCCCAGCUCCAUUUGUCACUGCCACCAGCAGCCAAUAUGUUGCCCGUAACUACAAUGGCAUCGCCACUGCUCCAGUUGUUGCUCCCGUUGCCACCCCUGUUGUAGCCAAAACUGUUGCUGCUCCAAUUGUUGCCAAAACUUUCGCCGCCCCAGUUGCUGCUGCCUACACUACCCCCGUUGUUGCCAAAUACGCUGCCACUUAUGCUGCUCCUUUCGCUUAUUCGGCUCCUUUGACCUAUGCUGCUGCUCCCGCUCCAGUUUUCUUUUAA